AUGAGAACACGAAAAUCCAAUCGUACUAAACGGUACACGAUUGAAAAAUACGAUUUCGAAGGUAGCUCAGACGAAGAAAAUCUCAAGCGUGCUACCCAGAAAGCGGAACGUGACGGAAACUUUGAUGAGAAUGCUGCUGCUGAAGAAAGCGCUGAAGAAGAGAUCGCUCUCGAUCAAGAACAGGAGCACGAUGAAAAUGAAGAUCCAGAGUCUGAAGGACCUGUGAGCGAACCAGAUGGAGUACCAGACAGGUUUGCGCGACAGCGCUUGAAGCCAAUCAGGCCAUUCAAUGUACGCGCUGCUGGCUUAACAGGAUAUCUCGGUUUAGAGCCUGUCGCAGACGGACGUAUCGUGAGAUCAUACUGGGGGCCUUAUGAUCGCGGCUUUAAGGGGAAACAGCUGGUCGAAGCGUGGUAUGGAAGACACGAAGAUGGUGUUAAUCUAGUCAAAGGAAUGCUGGAUCGUUGGAUGGACUGGACCGUUCUGCCUCCCAAGAUCCCGGGUGAGGAAGAACAAAAAGACAGAGGCGUUUGGUCGCCUAGUUUCUUCGAACGGGAGGCUUAUAGUGCUGAGCAUUGGUACGAACGUGUUCGCGAAAGUCUUCCCGAAGCCAACGCCCAAAUGCGACUAUCAGUAGAGGAAGCCGAGCUGUACCGUUUCCAGAGAGAGCCAAUGCCAGUAUUACUAGGGCCGCCAACAUCGCAACAAGAGAUCAGAUUCGAGCCUGGUAACGCUUACUCAAUAUCGCAAGAUGGUCUUCCCUUACAAAAUGACAGCACACCCGUGGGAUGGGUGUUAGAUGCGGGUGGUAUCGUCACCGGAAUGGACUGGGCGCCGUUGCAUAGUGUUAACGCGCCGCAGCUGCUGGCCAUAUGUGUUAUUCCACAUUCUGACCAGGAGUUGUAUGACUACGAAGAGCAGUCUCUAAGCCCUGACUUUCAGAAGUAUGGCACUGUGCAGUUGUGGGAGUUUGUGGGCGAGAGGCAGGAUGAUGGCUUUGCACAACCUUCAUCACAAUCUCCGACACUACGCAAAACGAUAUGUUUGGAACAUGGGCGCGCUCGGAGAGUGAAAUGGAGCCCGGCAUGUGGCUUCCUGGCAAUUCUUUGCGACGAUGGAAGCGUAUAUGUCACUGAAGCUGGGGACGAUGGAGAAGGAGGUUAUGAAAAGGUUGUCGAGCCAAUAGCUGUGUUUGGCUUUCCAGAUGAAGACGCAAAGGCGACAUCCCUCACAUGGGUCAAUUUCAACAGGCUGGUGGUAGGCUACACUGACGGUUCCGUUGCUCUUUGGUCUCUCCGUCCCCAUCGCCUCCUCUCUCGACACCCUGUCCAUCAUAACAUCGUUGUCGAUCUCGUCUCUGGCUAUCCAGCUAUGCCAUAUCUCAUCGCUUCUACCCCGGUCGGUGGCACUGUCAAAUUACUUGACCUUCGUGGCCCUAGCUACGAAUCUACCGAAGUCCAGAACCUCACAGUCGGAACGCAACCAAACCUCCUCGGAUACAGCGACCAUCUGCUUGGCUUCUUCUCCAUGUACCCAUCCGCAGGUGUUCUCAACACUCAUGUCGGUUUCAUGCACCACUCGCAGUUCCCUGUCGCCCGUCGUGUGUUCACUGGCGAAAGCUAUCCCUCGUGUUUGGCAGUUGGACGCACCCACCCAUACCUCCUUGUCGGGUCCUUGGACGGCUCACUGUGGGCUAUCAACCCCCAGGUUGAGAUUUUCACCACCAGACGUGAACCAACAGACCGGAUCCGCAUUUUCCAUCACGAGCAUCGGCCUGGAAAGUUGUUCUCGGCUGAUUCUCCUGCUGCAGCGCGGGGUGUCUCAAGGAUAGUAUCGGGCUUCAUCCUAGAGCGCAGCCUAACAAAGCAUUCGGCCCAUAAACCCCCUGUCAAGAAAGGGAAGAAGCCAAAGAGGAAAGAGACCGAUACAGCUGUUGGCGAUGAUGAGGAAGAUGCGAACGCGAUUAUGGAUCCAACCAGAGCCAUCAUCUAUGAGCCUUUGACAAGAGUCACAGUCGCCGAAUGGAAUCCUAACGAGGAGUACGGUUGCUGGGCCGCUGCCGCAAUGGGAUCAGGCUUGGUCAGGGUAAUGGACCUCGGCUUGGCACAAACAGACGAGUGA